CAAAGCAUUAACUCUGCUUUUCUUUGACUUUUUGUGACGCAUUUCAAAAGAAACGCCGUUCUCAACGAUAGGAAAAGUGAGAAAAGAAGAUAGUGUAUCAUGUCGAAUGUUUUGUUGUUUUUGUGUGUUUUAUGUAACAACUUCUUUUUAGGGUCACCGCACAAAGAGCGACGCGAUCAAACGCGACUGAACUGAACAAUCGCAAACCCACACGUGUAUUUUAGCGACAGAGACUCCCCAUGGUUGACUUUUUAGCCAAAGCUUGCGCACACUCUGUCCUCCUCGUCCCUCCUCUUCCAUUCUGCAGCAGCGUGUGACAGGAGGAGGAAGCCCGAACAGAGGAGGUAGACCAUCCAUCUGUGUGUUUAUGUUUCUGUCAGCGGACGGCCGGGUGAAGAAGGGGCACCGGGAGACGUGAGGAACAAAAAGGGGAGACGAAGAAGAAGAAAGAAAGGAGAGAGGAUUGUUGGAUAGACCUGCGUUGGAUUGACUUUGCAAGAAGAAGUGGACUUUGUGAACCGGUGGAGGGCAGAGGAGUGGAGGGCCAGGGGACGAACCUGGCCAUCAAACGGACUGGAAGCCUCUCCUCUCCUGGGAUCAUGUACCCUCAGGGCAGGCAUCCGGUCCCCUUGCAACCUGGCCAGUCUUUCAAGUUCACCGUCCUGGAAACUCUGGACCGUAUCAAGGAGGAAUUCCAGUUCCUCCAGGCCCAGUAUCACAGCCUCAAGCUGGAGUGUGAGAAACUGGCCAGCGAGAAGACUGAGAUGCAGCGGCACUACAUCAUGUACUAUGAAAUGUCCUACGGACUCAACAUUGAGAUGCACAAACAGUGUCGGCGGGAGGAGGCGGAGAUUGUCAAACGUCUCAGUGCCAUCUGCGCUCAGAUCAUCCCUUUUCUCUCGCAAGAGCAUCAGCAACAGGUGGUGCAAGCAGUGGAGCGGGCCAAACAGGUCACCAUGGCUGAACUCAAUGCCAUCAUCGGGCAGCAGCAGCUCCAGCACCUGUCCCAUCACGCCCCGGGUAUCCCCCUCACGCCGCACCCGUCCGGCUUGUCUCUGGGCGCGGGCGGCUCCGGGCUCCUGGCGCUAACGGGGGCCUUAGGGGUGUCUGCUCACCUCGCCGCCAAGGACGAGCGAAACCACCUUGACCCAGAACAUCUCAGAGAGGGGGCACCCAGCAGGAGUAAGUCGGCGUCGUCGACGGACAGUCAACCCCCGGAUGAGCGUCAGGGCCCAUCGGGCGGUUACGCCCCUUCGCAGGGAGGAACGGAGGCCAAGAGGAGACGCUGCGAUGAAAAAGAGCCCCUCGCGCCGCACUCAUACGAAAGUGAUGGAGACAAAAGUGAGGACAAUCUGGUCGUGGACGUAUCCAAUGAGGACCCCAACUCCCCUGUAGGCAGUCCACCUCAUUCUCCCCGGGGGAACGGUUUGGACCGGGCUCCUGCCUUAAGGAAAGAGCUCCCGGGCUCCUCGGGUCCUGCAGAGACUCCGUCCACUCCGAACCCGUGUAGCCCCGCUCCAGGCAAAGCCAAGGAUCCCUCACAGAUGGAUAAGUCGCAGUCGCCCUUGUCCAAGUCCAGCACCCCGUCGCCAUCCCACCGUGAGGCCCUCACCCCGGGAGCACCAGGAGCUCCCGGUCCCAGCACAUCCUGCCUUCGCCUGGUCAGCAAAGCGGCGUCUGCGGCUGACCCCCUAGCACUCCGCAGCCCCAUGUCUGUGCCCUCCGGUUCAUACCCGGCUCAUUUUGGCGUGGUGUCCCACGCAGGACUCAACGGGGAGCUGGCCAGUCCCGGAGGCUUCGGCGGGCCUCUGACUCUCUCGCCCCAAAUCAGCGCAGCGGCCAGCGCCUACUCCCGAAGCCCAAUGGUGGCUUAUGACUCUCGGUCUCACCUGAGGGCCCCGCUGUCAUCCUCUCUGCCUGGCUCAUCUGGCGGCAAGCCGGCUUACUCGUUCCACGUGAGCGCAGACGGGCAGAUGCAGCCGGUGCCCUUUCCCCCCGACGCCCUGCUGGGCCCGGGCAUCCCUCGCCACGCCCGGCAGAUCCACAGCCUGAGCCACGGCGAGGUGGUGUGCGCCGUCACCAUCAGCACGUCCACGCGUCACGUCUACACGGGGGGCAAAGGCUGCGUCAAGGUCUGGGACAUCAGCCAGCCGGGCAGCAAGAGUCCCAUGGCCCAGCUCGACUGUCUGCAGAACCGCGACAACUACAUCCGCUCCUGUAAGAUCCUACCCGACGGCCGCACGCUGAUCGUGGGCGGCGAGGCCAGCACGCUGUCCAUCUGGGACCUGGCCACGCCCACCCCUCGCAUCAAAGCCGAGCUGACGUCGUCGGCGCCCGCCUGCUACGCUCUGGCCAUCUCGCCCGACAACAAGGUGUGCUUCUCCUGCUGCAGCGACGGAAACAUCGUCGUCUGGGACCUGCACAACCAGACGCUCGUCAGACAAUUCCAGGGCCACACGGACGGAGCGAGCUGCAUCGACAUCUCCAACGACGGCACCAAGCUGUGGACGGGCGGACUGGAUAACACGGUGCGCUGCUGGGACCUGAGGGAGGGCCGGCAGCUGCAGCAGCACGACUUCACCUCACAGAUCUUCUCCCUGGGUUACUGCCCGACGGGCGAGUGGCUGGCGGUGGGCAUGGAGAGCAGCAACGUGGAAGUCCUGCACGUGUCCAAGCCCGACAAGUACCAGCUGCACCUUCACGAGAGCUGCGUGCUCUCGCUCAAGUUCGCCUACUGCGGCAAGUGGUUCGUGAGCACAGGCAAAGACAACCUGUUGAAUGCGUGGAGGACGCCGUACGGAGCCAGUAUUUUUCAGUCCAAGGAGUCGUCGUCCGUGCUGAGCUGCGACGUUUCCCCGGACGACAAGUACAUCGUGACCGGCUCGGGGGACAAGAAGGCCACCGUGUACGAGGUGGUCUACUGAGUGAGCGGACAUUCCGGUUGCCUUGACAACCACUCGCAUCCCAUAAUACUGUGGAAGCGCCCCCCACAACAUCUACAGCAAGAACGGGCAGUGGCGCAUACAAAUAAGUCAGAGAAGUACACUACUCACGAAAAAAUGCGAUACUGAGCGAGAUUUCAGGCUGAACCUAAAAUGCACGUUAACCUUUUUAGGUGAACUUAAUUUGACCCUCUCUAAACUUCAGAAUGAAUGUCGUUUCAGUACUUUUUGCCCAAUUUGCUGUUUUCAAACAAGGAGCUGAACAGCAAAAUUCACCAAAGUCCUGGUUAAUCAGAAUUGGUUUUUAAAAAGACCUCUUCAUAUUUUGACAUCAAGAGACCAAGACGACAUCUAACAUUUGAUCAACAGUACAACACCAUAAGCAGGUAACAAUCCGCAAAAGAGCUGCAGAGAGACUGGAAGAGUCACUGAAAGGCUGUGGAAAGUUUCACACAUCAAACACCUGUUGUAAAGUUCAGCUCCUUCUUAGAGAAGAGCAAGUUGUUCAAAAAGUGCAGUGUGGUACCUUGAGCACCCUGAAACCGUCGUUUUAAGUGAAUUUAAGUGAAGUAAAAAAAAAAAUAAUAAUAAUAAUUCAGAUAGUGUGAUGCCCUCAUAUGUGGGUAAGGAGAGCCACAUUCGCUGAUCGAUGCACUUUCAGACCUUUACCGAAUGGGACAAACUGCCAAAACACUCACAAGGAGCUGCUGUAGGCCACAACUCACGCGCAUACGCUCACACGCAGACUAACUUGCCAACCCGACCCACUAGGCCACACCCCUUAAAGGCACACACCCAACACACGAACACUGUAGGACGUACUUUGUUUACACUAUAAAAACGGUGGAACGGAUUAAUGGCGUUUCAAUUCAUUUCGAUGGGGAAAAUUGAUUUGAACAAACGGAGCCAACAUUCAACAGUUAAGAGAAGCUCAAAUUAAGUUCACUUAUAAAGGUUAUUGUGUAUUUUCAUCCUGAAAUUUGACCAGAAAGCCCUACAUGCCUCACUUUUUGUCAGGAGUGUAUACACGAGUGUAUGUGUGUGUGCGUGUCCGCGAUACACACAGACACACGCACACGAGAGGAAUAUAAAUGAAAAGGAGGAGGCUGUCUAAUGAGCGCUGUUUCUUGAUUAAGAGCUCAGCAUAUGAAGGGAAGUCCCAAAGCACCCCCCCACCCACACCCAAGCACACACACACACACACACACGUCACGAGCCGGGAAAAGCGCCCACAUCACAAGGGGGCGUACAUGACCCCCGCCCCCCUCCCACCCCCGCCCCAUUCCAGGGAAAGAAACACAGCCAAUUAAACAGCCUCCUUGCUUAUUAUACUAUUAUCUCUUACUUCCUUCUGACGACGUCUAAUGAGGGCCACUCUGUUCUCAUGACAGCCAACAGAGGGCCCACUCCUGUGCCCCCCCCCCCCCCCCCCUCCUCUCCUUCAAGUGUUACACAAUGUGUCCUUUUUGCAUUCAUAUCAUUGAUAAUCAACAAUUUUGUACUUGUUUCCAGGCAUUUCUGUCCACUCUUCUUCAUUUCUACCUGCCUGUGUUCUAAUGUGUUCAAGAUAGCCUGUAGCAAACGUGUCAUAUAUAGACAGGACUUUUUUUUUUUUUUUUUUUUUCCCAAAACUGUAAUUACAACUCACAAUAAUAACUGCAAUUGGGACAAAAUGGAAGAAAUAAAAUCAGCAAAACUAUUUGUUCACCAAGGUAAAUACAGUCUAAUUUCUUCUUCCAUAGGGAAUAAUGUAAUGAGAAAUAAACUGGCAACAUAUUGAAAAUUUAAAGAGCCUGUAAACUGAAUUGAGAUUUGUUUCAUUAUACAUCUGAAGAAUAUUGCUGAAAACGUACAAAGACUGCAAACCACAGUUCUGAAUUGCGGCAAUAUAGCGUUUAACAGUUUUUCACUCCAAAAAGUGUGACAGCCAGUAUGUGGACAGGGGCUUUGCGCUUGUCCAAGCCACUUUAGAGGGGCUUGUUGUCGAAGCAUGGAAAAGCCCCAGGAUGACCCAGUAGGAAAUAUUCCUGCCACCGGUGUAGUAAUGUGUAGGCAUAAAAAAGAUGCUAAUCUAGAAAGAUAUUGAUACAAAAUAUUACCUUUUUGUACAACCUUCUACUAAAUUCUCAUGGGACGAUGGUCGUAAUCACUUGGGAACGCUGGCCUGUUGCACUGAUGUUCAUUUUUAGUUUUUGUUUUUUUUUGGGGUGUAUUUUGUAGUUUGUAAGUACACAGCAAAUGAGUUGGACAUGUGGACGAUGUUGCUUUUGCCUGCCUGCCUGCCUUUCUGCCUGUCAGCCACAAUGCUAAUUCUCUCAUUAUCCACACAAGGCUGUAUGUAUGUACAGUAUAUGUAUGAUGGCCAUGCAUUUGCUUUUUUUCUUGUUACAUUUUACAAGCUGAUGUACAGUUUGUUUUUCCCUCGUAAAGGCCGACGAGGCUUAGUCCCGAUGCGUUGUCGUCCCUCCCAUGUGCUGUAUAAACAAUGAUGCUAAUACUAUAAUGUGCGCAAAAUAAACCCAACACGUGUUGA